AACCUUCUCAAAAGAAGAAAGAUAUAAAGGUUAAUAAAAGAUUUUGUUGGAUAAGAUUUUUUAGCUAAAUCUAGUUCGGGAUAUUUGAAUAGUUUAAUGGAAAUUUUGUAAGAUUAAUAAGUGGAGUAAAGAUUAUAAAAUACAAAGUUAAAUUUUUAUUUAAAUUUAAAGCAAUGUAAGAAGUAAUGAUUUGGAGAAGUUCUUUAAUAAUUGAGAGUAGAUAUAACUAAAGUAGCAUAUGGAUAUUGAAUUUGCUCAUAGUUUAGGAGCAAUCUAGACUUUAUUAAUAAGUAAUAAAGUUGCUAGAGCCAAAGAUCCAAAGGUAAGAAGACAAUGGCUUUCUGUAAUUGAAGAUAUCAAAAAUAAGGGUGGAGAAGUAUUUAUCUUUUUUCUAGUUUACAUCCUUCAGGAAAACAGAAAAAUAACUAUACAGGAAUCGCAGCAAUCUUAUAUGUUUCAGUCUAGUUUGAGUAUGAAGAUGAAGAAGAAUAGGAAGAAGAACAAGUACAACAAUAAAUUCAAAUACAUCAACAUGAUUAAGAUGAAUUCAAAAUGGAUGUAACAGUCUAGAAGAAGUUUGAAGAGUUUGGUAUCGAAGAUCCUGAUGAUAAUGAUGAAGAUAUUUGA